AUGUCUGUGCUUCCUCCCCCAGCGGCAGCGCCCCUGGAGGGCGCCCUGCCCCGCGCGCUCGUCGAGGAGGUGGGCGCCUUCGUCCGGGCGGGGCCGCUGCACCCGUCGCUCCGCGGUGCGGCUCCAGCGGCCGAGGCGUGGGCCUUGCGCGGCGCCAGGGCCGUGGCGCGGCUGGCGGGCGAGGCGGCGGCUGCGGACCCGUCGCCGUCGCGGCUGGGGCGGGACCUGGCGGCGAGGGUGUACCACCUCUACCUGCCGGUCUACUUCUGGCUCCUGGCCGAGGUCAAUCGUGCGCGCGCCGCACCAGGACGCGCUGGCGCUGUGCUCCUGGGCCUGUCGGCGCCGCAGGGCUGCGGCAAGACGACGCUCGUCGGCUGCCUGGCCGACCUGUUCUCUGCCGACGGCCUGAGCUGCGUGGCGGUGUCUUACGACGACUUCUACCUGACAGGGGCGGAGCAGGACGCCGUCACGGAGCGCUGCGCCGGCAACGCGCUGCUGCGGACGCGCGGCAACGCGGGCACGCACGACAUCGCUCUGGGUGCGGCGACGCUGCGGGCGCUCUGCGGCGCCGAGGCCGGCUCGGUGCCCGUGCCUGGCUAUGACAAGGCCGCGCGGGCAGGGCGGGGCGACCGGGCGCCCCGGUCCGCCUGGAGGUCGGCCAGCGCGCCCCUGGACGUGGUGCUCCUCGAGGGCUGGAUGGCGGGCUUCCGACAGCGCGGGGACGGUGGCGUGCUGAGUGCCACGCACUCGGGCCUGCCCGACAUCGACGCCAACCUGACAGCGUACGUCGCCUGGGAGGACCUGGUGGACGCCUGGUGCGUGGUAGCCGUGGACGACAUCGAGCGGGUGUACGGCUGGCGGCUGCAGGCGGAGCGCGCGAUGGCCGCCGAGGGCCGUCCGGGGAUGGACGACGAGGCGGUGCGGGCCUUCGUUGCCGGCUACAUGCCGGCCUACGAGGCCUACUGCCCCGCCCUCUGGGCCGCGAGCGCGCCGGGCGGGGGUGGCCUGGACGGGAAGCCCACGCUGCUGCUCUGCGUGGAUGGCGACCGUGCCCCCGUCGAGCUGGGCGCGCGCCAUUGGGCCUGA